AUGAAGCAAUACGAGGAUCCGCCGGCCAAGAUCUUCCACCGCGCGCACCCGGCGCACGACCUCAAGCUGGUGGCCGCCGGCGCCACGUUCGUGUGCGACGGCUGCAAGGAGCCCGGCGACGGGGCCCGGUACGCGUGCGGCUGCGGGGGCGACAGCUUCGAUCUCCACCUGCCCUGCGCCCUCGCCGACAAGGACGACGCCCUGCGGCACGCUCUGUUCCCCGGCCACGACUUCUUCUUCGUCCCCGAGCCCCCGCCCCCGGUGGACAAGACGAUCUGCGACGCCUGCGGAGAGCCCGCGCGCGGGUACGUCUACCACUGCUUCGAGGCCGACCUGGAUCUCCACCCGCUUUGCGCGUGCCUGCCGGGCCGCCUCCUCCAGGACGGCCGCGUCUUCGAGCUCCGCCGGAAGGCGUCGUCGUCGCGGCCCUGCGGCCUGUGCGGCGACCGCCGCCGCGGCUUCUGGGCGUACCGCUCCUACUUCGACGGCGAGGCCGUGGACCUGCACGUGGCGUGCAUGAAGGACAUGGCUCGCCUGAGCUGGGAGGCGGCGCGCAAGAACCAGGUCGGCGGCGGCCACCAGAUCGUCCAAGCGAGCCUGCCCAACAUGGAACGCACGCUGCAGAUCUAG